AAGGGACGUGCGCGCCCGGCCCGUUUGUGGACUUCCAGGUCGCCAACAUCUGGGCGCCGCGCGGGCACCGCUGGCCGCCGCUUGCGUGGGAGCCGUAGGAGGCGCAGCCGAAGUCGGAGACUUCAGUUUGGGACCAGCCCCCCGGGAUGCGGUAGCGCGGCCGCUGUGCGGAGGCCGCCAAGCAGCUGCAGCCGCCGCCGCCGCCGCCGCCGCGCAGACCCACGCUGGCUCCGUGCGCCAUGGUCACCCACAGCAAGUUUCCCGCCGCCGGGAUGAGCCGCCCCCUGGACACCAGCCUGCGCCUCAAGACCUUCAGCUCCAAGAGCGAGUACCAGCUCGUGGUGAACGCAGUGCGCAAGCUGCAGGAGAGCGGCUUCUACUGGAGCGCCGUGACGGGCGGCGAGGCGAACCUGCUGCUGAGCGCCGAGCCCGCCGGCACCUUCCUCAUCCGCGACAGCUCGGACCAGCGCCACUUCUUCACUCUCAGCGUCAAGACCCAGUCGGGGACCAAGAACCUGCGCAUCCAGUGCGAGGGGGGCAGCUUCUCACUGCAGAGCGACCCUCGGAGCACGCAGCCCGUGCCCCGCUUCGACUGUGUGCUUAAGCUGGUGCAUCACUACAUGCCACCCGCGGGGGCCCCCUCAGCCUCCUCGCCCCCACCUGAGCCCUCCUCGCCCUCCUCCGAGGUGCCCGAGCAGCCACCUGCCCAGCCGCCCACGGGGAGCACCCCUAGGAAAGCCUAUUACAUCUAUUCGGGGGGCGAGAAGAUCCCCCUGGUGUUGAGCCGACCCCUCUCCUCCAAUGUGGCCACCCUCCAGCAUCUCUGUCGGAAGACCGUCAACGGCCACCUGGACUCCUAUGAGAAGGUCACCCAGCUUCCUGGGCCGAUACGGGAGUUCCUGGACCAGUAUGACGCCCCCCUUUAAAGAGCCAAGGGCAGGGGUCGGGGAGGGGGGCCUGGUGUCCCCCUCUUCCGGCACAUGGCACAAGCACAAGAACCCAGCCUGGAGAGGCCCACCGCUCUGGGUGACCCGGGGUGGACAGGCCCCUCCUCCGCCCCGCCCCUGCAGUUGGGGCCGUGGACCUGGAAAGUGUUUGAAGGGAGGGGGAGCGCCACCUGAGCUCCCCUCCCCCACUCCAGCUUCUUUGGUGGAGCCGGCUGGCCUGGUGGGACAAUAGCUGCGACAAGUGGAUUCUCCUCUCCCCUUCCUUUUCUCCACUCCCCCUCUGUUUCCGAACCGGGGAGACUGCGGGAGAGCUGAACUCUUGAGAAGUGCCGGGGAUCAUCAAACUUUCCAGAGGAACUUGUUUGCUCUUUAAUUUGGUUGAAACCGGAGCAGGUUGUGGGGCCUGGGGAAGGAUGGAAGAGAGAGGGGGCCUGGGGGGCCCCAGGGCUGCCAGCUGGCUAAGGAAAUGGGGGCCUUUUGCUGCAGAUGGGUGUGUGCCCCACUCCCACCGCCCAGUUCAGGUGAGGAGGGUGGGUGCGUGCUCUUCUCCCUGCCUCUGGGGAAAAGGGCAGGGGCGGCCGGGAGGAGACUAUAUCCUGGUGCGGGACUCCUUCCUGAGUUCUGACCCCUUGAUCUCUCCCUCGGGGACAAUCGCAGGAAACAGGUCCUGGAGUCCACCUCGGGCAGACAGCCCAGAGACCUUCCCCCGUUUUAAGGGAGAAGUGGCAUUUGGAGGGGCUGGCCAGUUACUUUUCUUUCCCCAGCCAGGCUGAAACUUCCAGCACUGGGAGAGAGGGGCGAGCCACCCUUGACCCCCAAUAGAGAAGGUGGGGUAUUCUGCUUGGCGCCUCCUAACUGUCUGGCUAGGAGAUUCACCUUAAAUGCUCCCUGUCCCAUGGAUAGGGAUGGCACUCAAGAGGCCAUACAAUUCUCCAGAGAGCAUGGGGUGGUCCACUCUCUGCUGCCCCAUGGAAGAUGGGUGGGGGGUGGAAUCCAUACCUUCCACUGGGCGCUAGGAGAAUGCCAGUCACUCUGGUUGUCAGCCCAGCCCUAUGGGCCGGUCUCUCCUGGGGGAGGAGAGCCACCUGGUCCCCUAGCCCCCCAGGCCCUGCACAGCCCUCCCCCCUUGCCUGGGGGAGGCAGACAGGAAGUCAGAGCCUGGGCUCCUGCCGUCCCCUGCACACCCCCUCCCCCCACACGCAGUAGCACUGAUCAAUGAAAACUUACAGGAAUGUGGCAGCCACGGAGUUACCUGGAACUGUUCUUUUUUGGGGGAGGGGGGGACAAAACAAACACAAAAGUUUUCUGCGUUAGUUAUUGGAGGUGGAUGGGGGGCAGCUGUGUGUUGGGGUGUUUUUUUUUUUUUCCUUCUGUUUUUCGUUCGUUUUUUUUCAUUAAUGUUUACAAUCUGCCUCAAUCACUCUGUCUUUUAUAAAGAUUCCACCUCCAGUCCGCCCCCCCCCCAGGCCUUCCAGGCUGUUCAGAGAUGCUUGAAGAACUCAACAAAAUACCAAUUCAAGUCAAACUUUGCACAUAUUUAUAUUUAUAUUCAGAAAAGAAACAUUUCAGUAAUUUAUAAUAAAGAGCACUAUUUUUUAAUGAAAAACAUGACUCGAACUUUCUUCCCCCACUCCCCACCCCUUCUCUGCUUUGCUUUCUCUUUCACCCACGCCCACACUGGAUCCAAGGAGAGGGUGCAGGGAGCCACAGAGGGUGCUAGCUCUUCCCCUUAACCAGCGGCCCCAAGAAACUCGGGGCCCCGGGGCGCUGGAACCGAGCGCAUUUUCACGUCACUGCGCCCGCCAGUGUGUCACUGACAAGCUAAGGCAAUCACCUUGACUGUUAGCACCAGGGGUAAUUCCUGCUAGUCUGAUUCAGAUCUGACCAGAAUAUGCAAAGCAAGUUCGAAGGAAGCGCUUCAAAAGGCUUGCAGGGAGCAAGCUGAGCUGUGGUCAAAGCUUUUAGAGGCUCCAAGCUAUUAGGCGCUCUGGCUUCUCAGGCAGGGAGAUAGGUGUUCCCAGAAAGCCCAGACAACUGGAUCCUGAUGGUGACCUGAGACCUCUGCACAUCAGGGUUCACGGGAGGUGGGGGAAGGGGUGACCCAGCUGCAAGCCCUGCAGGCAGCUGGGAAGCUUUCCGGGGGUCCAGGUGUUCCAGGGCUACCCAGCCUCUGCUCUCCCCACACCUCCACUUUCCCUCUCGUUCCUCGCUGCUCCAACCUGAGUGCUAGACAGAGAGACUCCGCCUCCCAAUCAGCGCCAUCUAUUCAGUUUUCAGGCAGGCAGUCCUGGGCCCUAGGCACUUAGAGGCUACCUGGUUGAACCCUCCCAACCACCCCACAAACAGGUGCUGUCAGACCAUGUUUUCUGACCCAGGAGCUGUGGGCUCCAUGUGAGCAGGGCUGGACUGGUCACUUGUGGUGCCUAGAGCGGGCUCAGUAAAUAUUUGUCCACUGAACGGAGGCAGUGACUGGGGUGCAGGGAGGUUAAGCAACCUGCCCGAGGACACAUCCCUUGGGAAUGUGGGGAAGAAGUAGGAUUGAAACCCAAACCAAAAUACCAAACCCACUGCCAUUGAGUUGACUCCAACUCAUAGAAAGCCAAACCCAAAAAAACCAAACCUACUGCCACUGAGUUGAUUCCAACUCAUAGCAACCCUAUAGAACAGAGUAGAACUUCCACAUAGGGUUUCCAAGAAGCACCCGGUGGAUUCGAAUUGCCAAACUUUUGAUUAGCAGCCAUAGCUCUUAACCACUAUGCCACCAGGGUUUCCCAGAGAAACCCAGGAGUUUUAGUCCCCAAAUCCGUGGACUUCCUGCCUUCCUAAAUGCUAAAUAUGUGCCCAUGGUUGCCCACAAUGAGCCCUCCCUGCAAAGCCAAGAGGGUAGUACCCCCUCACCACCCCCCUGAGGUCCCAGCACUAGAAAAAAAAGUUCUGGUAAAAACGAACAUCUAUGUGGCAUUUCCCUUCCGUAUCUGUUCCUCACCCAGAUCCCAGACCUAGCAGCUGGGGGGAUGAGUGUAAUUCCCCAGGUAGGGGCCCUGUUCCCCGCUCUGGGCCUAAGAUGCCCACAACAAAAGCCAGAGCCCUUUUCCGGACACCCAAUAAGCUGCGCCAGGAAUCCGUGUCCAAAAGGCAACACGGAGAGCAAAUAAACAAAGUCAUUUUUCUUUCCCAUUUCCUGGACUUUUGGAGAAAACGACCCAAAAUUUCGAGAAAGGGCCAGGCAUGAGACAGGUUCUGCACAGAGUCGCACAGAGCAAGUGGAAACCAGCAGCUCGGUACUAGGAAUCCGGACCCAGGUAGAGCCACUUUCCCAGAGCACAAGGGCAGGGGCGGGGGGAGAUUCUGGGUCCUCCCCAAGGAUGAGAUCCUGGGGACACCCUGGGCCUGCUGGCCUGCAGCUCCUCUACCACUUACCUUCCUGGGGAGAACGCUAGGCCACACGGGCUGGAAGGAUGACAGUGAGCCAGAACCAUCAUGGCACCUGGCGCUCAGUGUCACCGUCCUUGGCACCAGACACAGCUGGUUAGCCGGGUAUUCAGCUUUCAUAGGAAAAGAGCUCUCCAGGCCCAGGGGGAAGCUGUUCUCCUUGUCCCCUGGAUGUUGCGCCUUGAUUUGGGGGAGACAGGGAGGCAGGAAGGCGCCUGGCUCUUUUCCUGACACGCAGCUCCCGGCCCACCCUGGCCUCCUUCCCAAGCCUUUCUCUGUCUCUCCAUUUUCAGUUCAGCAGCACCUGAAUCAGCCCCCUGG